AUGUGGCCGUCUGCACGUGCUUAUAAUAAUGCCGAUAUAAGACAGUGUUAUUUUUUGUUAAUGAAAAAGGCUAUAUUAAAAGAUCCAGCCAGCAGUGCAAUUUAUUUAUAUCCCACUAAAGCACUCGCGCAGGAUCAGCUUAGAUCUUUAAGAAACUUUUUGCGCGGCGGAACGGAAGCUUUGUUGCAUGUUAAGUGCUUUACAUAUGACGGGGACGUUCCCCAAGAGUCACGUGGUCCUAUUCAGAGGGAUGCCCACGUGGUGUUAACUAAUCCUGAUAUGCUUCACUUCUCCAUGCUACCCGGCCACGUAAAAUGGGAGAGAUUUUUCCGGACCCUCAAGCACGUGGUGAUAGAUGAGGCCCACACCUACAGAGGCGUGUUUGGCUCGCACAUGGCCAUGAUACUUCGACGCCUGGUUCGCUUGUGCUGCCACUACGGCGGCAGUCAGCCGCAGUUUAUCGUGUGCUCAGCCACCAUCGCGAAUCCAGUAGAGCACUUCAUGCAGCUGAUUCAUUGCACCCAUCCACCGACAUUAAUUCAAGAAGACACCUCCCCUUCUGGAGCCAAGUACUAUAUGUUUUGGAGGUCAGGCCCUACGAAACGUUCAGAAUUGAGAGAAUCCGGGGAUAUAGCAGAGAUCUCUGUAAGCAGGCCGGCCGAGCUGGAUGCUGCCUUGUUACUUAUUGAAUGCGUUUCUCAAAACCAUAGAACAAUGGUAUUCUGCAAGUCACGUAGCGCCUGUGAGCUUGUUUACAGCUACGCUCAGAAAAUUAUACUCUGCGGUCUUGACCUUUAUCUCUCUAAAAACGGGGGGGCGUGCAUUGUCAGAACUGGCCCUUUUCCUCACUUGGCCAGCUGUAUCUCCUCGUACCGCGGGGGUUAUCCGGCGGCAGUUCGACGAAAUAUUGAAAGCACAUUAUUCGAUGGCUCUCUUCUCGGCGUAGUUUGCACCAAUGCUCUCGAGCUUGGCAUCGACUUGGGCUUCCUAGACGUUACUAUUCAGCUUGGUUAUCCUGGUAGCAAAGCUAGUUUCCUCCAGCAGGCAGGUCGAGCUGGUAGAAAUGGCCAUCCGUCCUUGGCAAUCUUCAUAGCUAAACUGCCGAGCCCCAUUGAUAAUUAUAUCGCCCAAAAACCGGCUAUAUUAUUUAAGCCACCAGUGGAAAGAGCAGUCGUCAAUCCUUUCAAUAAACAUAUUUUAUGGCAGCACUUGCUUUGCGCUGCACAUGAACUAUCCCUCCAUGGUGCAUUAGACCAAGACUUAUUCGGCAUUCAGUACUUCGAAAAGACUAUACAGCUUUUGCGUGAUGGGAUUGGGCCGAAUGGCGUCCAACUAAGCUGCGGUCCUCUGGUCUACCAUAGGGCCGAUUGCUAUACCCCCACAUUUGCCCGCCCUUCACCCUGGAAAGAUGUAAACAUUCGUUGUAUUACAGAAGAUACCUGCGAGGUCUUACUGGAAGGAACCGACGAGACCACUUGCAUUGAUAGUUUGGAGCUCACUAAUGCGUUAUACAGCCUCCACCCAGGCGCCGUCUACUUGCACCGCGGCACACAAUAUUUGGUUUCUCAUCUUGACUGGGACAACCGGAAGGCGCAUGUAGAGAGGCAAAGUGUUUCCUACUGCACUAGGCCAGUUGACCGUUCGGAGAUUGUGAUGCUUAGCAAGAUUGAGGAAGGAUACAUCAACCCCCUCCAUGGCGCACACCAAAAGCUUCUAGUAAACGUCAAUAUCCGUACUACCAUCACACACUACCAGAAGUUAACGCCUCAAUGCUCUUACGUGGUGCUAGAGACUAUUCCUCUCCACCUACCAACUGUCGAGUACAACACGUGUGCAAUCUGGCUUGAGUUGCCCGGAGAGAUCAUCUCUGCACUGGCCCGCGGAGCUUUUGAUAAUUGGAGAGCGGCGGCCCAUACUACAGCACAUGCUCUCUGUCUCAUGACCGCUUUGUAUCUCAUGUGCGACUCUACCGACGUCUCCACUCUUUGUCCUGCACCCGACGAGUCAGCCAACGAGCCAACCAAUAACUUGCCUCCGGCCGUCCUUCUCUACGACGGUAGGGCAGGCAGCGCAGGCCUUUGCAAGGAGGCCUUCCCUCGCGUCUAUGAACUUCUCGAGGAAGCUUACGACUUUAUAAGCAAAUGUCCCUGCGAAGCGGGAUGCAUAGAGUGCUUUAGAAAUGACCACUGCAGGCGGCGUACAGAGCACGAUAAGCGAGCGCAAUGUUUUUAA